ACACGUACGACAGAGAGCUGAGAGCAGUGAGCAGCGGGCAGGCAGAGGCAGGCAGGCAGGCAGCCGACCCUCUCUCUCUCUCUCUCUCUCUCUCUCUCUCUCUCUCUCUCUUCUCUGAUUGUAAAGUGAGCCAGUGGGUGAAGAAGCUUCCUUUCUUCCUCUCCUCUCCAAUUCUCCGAUCCAGCGUAGGAAAGAAAGAUAAAGCAGUGCAGCAAGCAUGAACAAGCCGCCGGCGUACGGCCAUGGCCAGGGCGACAGCCCAUACUGCUGCUUCCACCCCAGGGAGCUCGUCGUCGGCGUCUGCGCCCACUGCCUCAAGGACCGCCUCCUCCUCCUCCUCGCCACCACCACCAACAACGCCGCUGCCGACGCCACCCUCCGCCGCCGCAGGACCACCAGCAGCAUCUUGGCGCUCGGCUCCUCCUUCCUCCAGCGCCUCGACUCCCGACACCACCGGGCCGACGCUGCAGCCGACGACUCCGACGGCGCCGCAAGCCCCGAUGAUUCUUUCAUCUCCAUCAAGUUCGAGGACAACGGCAAGGCGACGUGGGACAGCCGCCACAAGGCCGCCGCCAGUACUAAAUCUAAUCCCCCAGCGCCGGUGAGGGCGGUGGUGGUGGAGCACGUCGCCAAGCGGGGCGGCGUCACCAGGUGGCGCAAGCAGGUGGUGGGGCGGCUGCUGCAGCUGGCGCGCUGGAAGAGGUCGGCGGCGGUCGGGCUGGACGGCAAGAAGGCGGCGGGGGAUCAGCGGAGGGGCAGAGGCUGGAUCCGGAGCCUCACGCGGAGGCGAGCCGCCGGCGACCGGGCGUGGUCGUGAGUGAUCGCUGGCUCUGAUGCAUGUCUGUCUGCUCGAUCAUCUGCAACUGCAAGCGCGGGGCUUUAAUUUUGACGUGUGCAAGUGAGUGCUUAAUUUCUUUUAAUUAGGAUACUUGUUGUUUGUGCAUAAUGUAAUAUAUAUAGACGUACAUGUGGUGGGUCAAAUAUAGCUAAACAACAAGGAAAUUAAAAAGAACAAGUAAUUAGCUAGCUAGCUAGCUCUCGAGGAUCGGACUUUGCUAUUACUAUUAGCAGCUUGUUGUUCAUGAGAUCUAGUAGUGCUUGAUCAAUAUAUAUAUUAAUUAUAUAUGUGUUUCUCUGAAUGUUCAUGAGAUCUAGUAGUGCCUGAUGAAUAUAUUAAUUAUGUGUUUCUCUGAAUUUAUCUCCUGUAAAAGUAGCUAGCUAGCUAGGGUGCUCGAUCGUCAAGUACGCACUGAAUUAGUAUUCAUAUACAACAGUAGUAUGGCCUGCUAGCUUGGCUGGUAUAAAAGGGUAAAUGCGAUCGUCGGAGUGAUCUGCAUGCUAGCUCGCUGUUGGUGGAUCGGAUGUCUGUUUGCUCUGCUCCAUCCAUGCAUGUGGCUGAUCAGAUCGACAAGAGUCUCAUCUUUGGACAAUUCAACAAUGAUGAUGGUUGAUGGAUCGGAUGUCGCUACCUUUUCUUCCAUUCCAAUCCAAUUAAUUAAUGAGGAAAGAAAAACAGGGACAGAAUUUGCAUUGCUAAAGGCAGGAGGUUUUGGGGGGAUCUACUGUAGCUGCGCUAGUAGUAGUAUGAUCUCUCUUUUCAGGCAAAUCUCAAAAGGAAAGUUAGAAAAAGACUACAGGCUUGCAUUUUGACUGCCUUUUUCCCGUGAAUGGUACGGUGCCACCAUUGCAUGCAUGCAAGUAGCAUUCAAAAAUGAAUCCAUGAGAAAGCAAGACUUGAAUUGACAGACAAGACAAACAUCAUAUCAUAUUUUACGAUUAAAGGUAAGGACGACCAAUGAUCCAUACCAAAAAAACAUACAUUAGUUCCACAAGCGAUCCCUUACACCACACAAGAGCAGACCAGACCACAUUCUCUCCCAGAAUCAACCAGUAUUAGUCAAACAAACUACGCGAAAAAGAAACACCUCGAAAUGGAACAGAGAAUGCAAUCCACAAACCACACUCUCUGCAACAAGUACCAAGGGUGUUCCACAAGCUUCUCUCUUCUCUAGCUAUUUUUUUCCGACGAACUUCUCUAGCUAAUAUAACAACCAGCACAGAGUUAACUAGGUCGCCAGGGUUGAAUGACCCAGCUUACUAAUAAAGCUGCUCACUGAUAAACUGCGGCAUGCACCACAAAGCAGACACUCGGUUGGAUCCUCCGGUACAAAUGCAGAUGCAGAGGGAGUCAGUCUCAUCCAACCAUCUUCUGAUCUGCAAACAAAAGAAUCGCAAUUAACCAACAAAUCAGUGACAACGACCUGAUGCUGUCACAGUUCUGGUUGAUCCAUCAAAGUACAUACAUAUAUAGUUUUACUAUAUAAUAAUGAUAGAAUCAGAGUGACAAGCCAAUAACUAAGGAAACUUUUUCAGCAUUUCUCAUUGCACUACUACAACCAGAGGUGUUGAUAAGAUGGUACCUUCAAGUACGCGCGUCUGCAUAUAUAUGGAUUAGAAAUCUUUUCCAACAUCUUCAUCAACCACACCAUUAGUAGAUCCAUUCACUUCUUCGGAAGCACCAUUGGUAGCAAUUUGUGCAAAAUGCGGUGUGAUUGUGGCGCCAAAAAGUUGUAUGCUCUUCGCUUCGACAGGAAGCUCAGGCGGAGGCGUGUUUACUGAGUUGUUGGGAGGAGAACCAACUUCAGGAUCAAAAAUCCCAGAAGAGCCACAGCUGAUUACACUCGGUGGCAUCUGAAGAAGGUCCCUGCUGGACAGGGGGAAGAAUUGCUGAGUUGUCAGCAUUCCUACGGUGGAUGAAGAGGGUGGUGGUACAUCAAUAGGGCCGCUAUGCCUAGCUCCCUGCAUGCCAGCAGGAAUUGGUGGCCCCAACAGUAUAGCCAUCGCACUGCUUUCCGGUCCGAUCAUCAGUGGGGCGGUCAAGGAGGAGCCAUCUCCAGCGCACAAAGGUGGAAUUGUGUCCGAAAUCUUCAGUCUCUUGAGAAGAGGAGGGAAUGAAACAAACUGGACUUGCCAAGUAUUUACAUACUUGUUCCUUGUCUUUGAGAAUGGCGAGGAGUCAUCCCAGUCAAUCUACAGAUGCGUGGAGUAGAAUUUCCACAAAGUCAGGUGCAACAAUGGGAAACAAAAACAAGAACAUUAAUGCUUCGCGGCAGGGGAUUGGAGAAGCAAAUAAUUUUACUCGAUCUACAGAUGAUAUAUAAGAAAAAAAAAA